AUGCCUUCCGCACAGGGUCACAGACUAUACGUCAAGGGCAAGCACCUCUCAUACCAACGAGGCAAGCGAAACACGAACCCAAACACAUCUCUCCUCAAGAUCGAAGGUGUCGAUGACUCAAAAGCCGCACAGUUCUAUCUCGGAAAGCGAGUAGCGUUUAUCUAUCGAGCCGCCCGUGAACGGCAGGGUACCAAGAUCAGAGUCAUAUGGGGCAAGGUGGCAAGACCACAUGGCAACAGCGGUGUUGUAAGGGCAAAAUUCGUACACAACCUUCCUCCACGAUCCUUCGGCGCCUCCGUCAGAGUUAUGCUGUAUCCAUCGUCGAUAUAA